AUGGAAAUGGAGCUCUCUGCUACACCCACGCACCCUUUGUUGUGUAAACAGUGGGUGUGUGGGCGCCGGCUUCUAGCUGCCACCCAGAGGGCGGUCGUAUAUAUAGCGCUGGGAGUUUGGACCGGUGGCCCGUGCAGCGGCGGACCGCCAAUAGAAGCAACGUACAAGAGAAUGACUGUGGAGACCGUUUCGCCAGUCAAGAGACCUUUGCACAUACCGAUCUCGUCGCAAGACGAGCAAUAUGACUGCCAGAUGCAAUUGGGCACAAUUGGGAUGCGCAUAAGACAGAGUGUGGAUCAGGGGUACCAGGUGCCACAACAGAAUGGUCUAGCCCAGCCUCAGGGUGCCUCACAGCGAGCCUGUGUUCAGGACAACUCCCAGAUAACAAUCCCAGAGUACAAGAGAGUGCCGCUGCCCGCUUCGCGGGCAGCACCCAUGCUGGUGAACCAGCGCACCGUGUCGAGCUCCAGCUCGUCGCUCGAGAUGUGGGAGGACAGUCUCGACCAGAGACUUAGCAUGAUCGAUGACGACAUGCUGCGGAACAAGCUAGGGGCCGGAGAUCUCGAUGCCAUGUUCCACGGUGGGGCUAACAAGAGAAAUUGGGAACAGGUCGAUUUUUAG